CAAGGCUCGUUGUACAGCUUCUCGCACCGCAACUUCAACUUGGCUCCAUCAAAUUCCCUCCAUUCCACCGAUGCCAUUGUAUUGAUCUCAAAAAUUGAAACGAUAUGUUGAUGUACAGUUGAAGACAGGAGAGGAGAUCAAAUGGACGUGGAGAAAUCGUCCUUAUGCAAUUGCGUGGUGAAUUUUCUCUUGGAAGAGAACUACUUGUUAUCGGCAUUCGAGCUCCUUCACGAGCUUCUCGAUGAUGGCCGUGACGAUCAGGCAAUUCGUCUCAAACAGUUCUUCUCCGAUCCUUCCCAAUUCCCUCCUGAUCAGAUCUCUCGCUUCAAUUCUAUCAGAGUUGCAGAUCCCCAAAGUUUGCUUGAAGAGAAAGAAGCUCUGGAAGAAAAGUUGGCACUCUGUGAAUAUGAGUUUCGUUUAUCUCAAGAGGACAUUGUGCAGCUAAAGAGUGAGUUGCAAAAGAAAAGUCAGACUAUUCCUUGUCCAAUAAGUGAUUCAAAGAUCGAUCCCUCUGAAAACCAUGGAACGGAUUUUCAACAGCAGAAGAGGGAAGGUUCUUUCUCUGAUUUGGGUCCUUUGAAGGAUAAUGAGCGGAAGGAUUUGAACUAUGCUGUAAAGGAGUAUUUACUAUUAGCAGGAUAUCGCUUGACUGCAAUGACAUUAUUGGAAGAGGUUACUGAUCAAGACCUAGAUGUUCAGCAGAACUCCUCUGCAUGCAUUCCAGAUGCUUUGCGCCAUUACUAUUACCAGUACCUGUCUUCCACCUCAGAGGCUGCUGAGGAAAAAAUUGCUAUGCUUAGAGAAAACGAGUCGUUGGUGAAAGAAAAUGACAAGCUGAAACAUGAAAAGCAGUCCUUGCUGAAGAGUAAAGAUAUGGCAGAUGCCCAAGUCAAAGUAUUGGCAAAAUCCUUAGAAGCAUUGCAGAAGGAAAUGAAGGACAAGGAGAUUCUGGUUCAGAGUUUGAAACAGUCUCUAGAGAGUCAAAGACAAGAAUUGAAUGAAUGCAGAGCUGAAAUAACUUCGCUAAAAAUGCAUAUAGAGGGUGCUCGUUCUGCUCGGAAUUUCGUAGCAAGUGAUUUUGAAGGUGUUGACUUACCAUCAACAGACAGUUACAAGGAAGAGAUAAAGGUUCUACAGAAUGAAAUCCAGAGGUUGAAACUGGCAACAAAUUCUUUGAACAGCGAGUCUCUUGAAAAUAUCAAUGAAGAAACUAGAAAUACAUGUCCUGAAAAUGAAGUUGAAAAAUCAAGUGAUCAUAAUGUCUUUGAUGAUUCAGCUGGUGUUUCUUCUGGAGACUUAGGAGCUGCAGGUUCUCAGUUAUCGAUGACUCAAACCUCUGAUUCUCAGUUAUUGAUGACUCAAACCUCUGCUGACACAAUUACUGAACCUGAGAGAGUAGUAGAAGUUUCACAUGAUAAUUGUGUUGGUGAUAAAGUUGAGAAUGUACUCAAACAAAAUGGUGAGCUACCUUCAGAAGCUAAAGGACUAAUCUUGAAACCAGACAAUCUAUUGGUUGAAUCAAAUGCUCAAAAGAUUGGUUUGGGGACUAUUCAGAUCCUUUCAGAUGCAUUGCCAAAAAUUGUACCUUAUGUAUUGAUCAACCACCGAGAGGAGCUUCUUCCUCUUAUAAUGUGCGCAAUUGAGCGCCACCCAGAUAGCAGUACACGGGAUUCCUUGACCCAUACAUUAUUCAACUUAAUCAAGCGUCCCGAUGAAGAACAGAGACGGAUUAUAAUGGAUGCUUGUGUCACUCUUGCCAGAAAUGUUGGAGAGAUGAGGACGGAAACUGAACUACUUCCUCAGUGUUGGGAACAAAUCAAUCACAUGUAUGAGGAGCGCCGCUUGCUAGUUGCUCAAUCUUGUGGGGAACUUGCUGAAUUCGUGCGCCCUGAGAUCCGAGAUUCUCUUAUCUUGUCUAUUGUGCAACAGCUCAUUGAGGAUUCUGCUACAGUUGUUCGGGAGGCUUCUGCUCAUAACUUGGCGUUGCUUCUGCCUCUCUUCCCAAGUAGGGACAAAUAUUUCAAGGUUGAGGAGAUGAUGUUUCAAUUGGUGUGUGAUCCAUCUGGAGUGGUAGUGGAAACAACAAUCAAGGAACUUGUUCCAGCUUUAGUAAACUGGGGGAAGGAAUUGGAUCACUUGCUACAAGUCUUACUAUCUCAUACUUUGGGCUCUGCUCAGCGUUGUCAACCACUUUCAGGGGUGGAAGGUUCUAUUGAGUCACAUCUUCGUGCUUUAGGAGAGAGAGAGCGGUGGAACAUAGAUGUUCUGCUGCGCUUACUGACGGAGUUGUUUCCAUUUGUACGCAAGAAAGCUAUUGAUACCUGUCCAUUCCCAUUGGUUUCGGAUGAUGAAAGACUAGUCUUUUCUACUUUAGUUCUUGAACAGUAUGCUGGAGGAAAGAUGGACUGGCCUUCUUUUGAGUGGUUGCAUAUCGACUGCUUUUCAGCAUUGAUUGAACUAGCCUCUCUAUUACCUCAGAAGGAAGAUAACCUAAGGAAUCGAAUCACGCGGUUUUUAUUGGCAGUUUCAGACCUGCUCGGGGAACCUUACCUGACACACAUCAUGCUACCUGUAUUCUUGGUGGCAGUUGGUGAUGAUGGUGAUUUAUCAUAUUUCCCUGCAACAUGCCAAUCAAGAAUAAGAGGUUUGAAACCAAAAACUGCAGUAGCUGGAAGACUUGCUACCAUCGGUGUCCUGCCUCUCCUGCUGGCAGGUGUUUUAGGAUCUCCUAGGAAGCAUGAACUACUGACAGAGUACUUGAGAAAUCUCUUGAUUCAAACUUCAGGACAAGAGAGUCAGACAGUGAAGCGCGAGAUUUUCUUUUCUGUUCGCUUUCUUUGCACUUUUGAUGAACAUCACAAUAUGAUUUUUAACAUCCUCUGGGAAAUGGUUGUGAGCUCUGAAAUAAACAUGAAGGCGACAGCUGCCAAUCUUUUUAAAGUCAUUGUUCCAUGUAUUGAUGCCAAGGUUGCCUCAACACAUGUUUUGCCUGCUCUUGUAACGCUUGGUUCUGACCAAAACUUGAAUGUUAAAUAUGCCAGUAUUGAUGCUUUCGGAGCUGUGGCACAGCAGUAUAAAAAUGAUGCGAUUGUUGAUAAAAUACGUGUCCAAAUGGAUGCUUUUCUUGAGGAUGGAUCACAUGAAGCUACAUUAGCUGUAGUUCGUGCAUUGGUGAUGGCAGUGCCACAUACCACGGAGGGACUUAGAGAUUAUAUCCUCAACCUGUUAGCUUUUAUGCACUGCUUGAAGUAGCAAUGCAUUUUUAUAAUGUGUGCCAGAACUAGUUUUGAUUUCUAAUUCUCAUUAACUUUCUUUAACUUUAGCAUACAUUUGUUGUCCAAGAUUUUCCUACUCACAGCAACACCUCCUCCUUCAAGUGACAUGAUGCGUCGCCGUGAGAGAGCCAACACAUUUUGUGAAUCAAUUCGUGCUCUUGAUGCUACCGAUCUUUCUGCUUCAAGUGUCAGAGACUUCCUUCUACCUGCAAUUCAAAAUCUGUUAAAAGAUGCUGAUUCUCUUGAUCCAGCACACAAAGAAGCUCUGGAGAUAGUAAUGAGGGAAAGAUCUGGUGGAACAUUUGAUACGAUUAGUAAGGUAAUGGGUGCUCAUCUGGGAAUUGCAUCAUCAGUAAGCAGCUUCUUCGGUGAAGGUGGUUUACUAGGGAAAAGGGAAGCUGGAGAUCCAACAUCACCACCACCACCAGUGGAAGUUGAACCUCUGAGGCCUGUCCUCACACAUGCAGCACCAGCAGAAGACACAAGAUUUAGGCGGAUCAUGAGAGGUGGCUUUACAGACAUGCUCAGAGGAAAAGCAAAGGGCGCCGAGGAUACUCCCCCAAGUCAAUGAUAAUGGCUCUUCCUUCUGCAGGAGAUUUAAAAAGGAAAGUAAGUUCUGUAUGUUGUGUAGUAGACUACGAUGCUUCCAUUUGUUGAUUCUGCGCCAAGUUUUCCCUUCACAGGGAUGAAAUUUUGCAAUUUAUUUGAUUCUUUAUGUACAAGAAAUGUUAUGAA